CGUCGACAGGCAGCCGACUUGCAGCUAUUCUGGGGUGUCCAACAAUCAGAGCAGCAGAUGGUAGGGGCUUGAGUGUCUGGUGGGGUCAAUAAUGUGGGAGAUAGUCCAUCCUGUGCAGUAUGAGUUGACGGCUCGUGCUCUUAGUGAGGGGACAAAUAUAAGGACGAGGAUCGAGAAGCUACCACUUCCUAUCUGACCCAAGAUAUCACAAAUUCGUGUUUUCUGUCUCAAUUCACGUACCAUGACCAACUCGCAGAACAACGUCGCCCUCGUCUUCGGCGCGAGUGGGAUCUCAGGAUGGGCUGCGACGAAGAACCUCCUGACGUAUCCAACUCCCACGACCUUCUCCCGUGUCGUUGGCCUGACCAACCGCCCUAAGACAGUCGAAGAAAGCGGUCUUCCUCAGGAUCCGCGACUAGAACUGUACUCCGGGAUUGACCUGCGGUCCAGCUUCGAGAAUGUGGUUGCGCAGAUGCAAAAGAUCCCCAACCUGGACCAAAUCACCCACAUCUACUAUCUCGCCUAUUCGAACGCCACUGCCUACUCCCAAAAUGUCAUGGACAUCCGAGACAUCAACGUCCACAUGACCUACAACGCCGUGCACGCCAGCGACCAACUCUGCAAGAGCUUGAAAUUCCUCGUCCUGCAGACAGGAACCAACAACUACGGCGUCGCCGUCUUCCGCUACCAAGACAAGAUCGAGAUCAACCCGCCCCUCAAAGAAGACAACCCACGGAUCCCGUCUCCCUGGGGCGACGAGAUCUUCUACUACCGCCAGGUCGACCUAAUCAAAGAAGCCUCGAAGGGCAAGCAGUGGAAAUGGUGCGAGGUCCGACCGGAUCAGAUCGUCGGACACGUCCCCAGCCCAACCAGCAUGACCUACGUCGAGCCCCUCGCCCUCUAUCUCGCAUUAUACCGCUACGUGAACGGCCCCGGCUCCCGCGUGCAGUUCCCAGGCAGCCACAAAUCCUACACCUACACAUUCACGGACUCCUCGCAGGACAUCAUCAGCAAAUCAGAAAUCUACCUCUCCGUCGUCAAACCCGAGCAAGCACACGGCGAGGGGUUCAACAUCGCAGACACCGAAACGCCAGGACCAUGGAGCGUCAAAUGGCCUCUUCUAGCAGACCACUUCGGUCUGGAGGCAGCAGGGCCCAGCGACGAGGGCUGGGUCGAGAUCGAUAAGUGGUGGCAGGAGCAUGCGGAGGACUAUAAGCGGAUGUGUGCGGAGUAUGGCCUCCAGUAUCGGGUGAUUGGCGAGGCGGCGUGGAUCUUUUGUAAGGUUGGUUUCACGAUGUUGCAUCGCAAUCGGGAGUUGAGUUUGCAGAAGAUUCGAGGGCUGGGGUUCACGGAGGAGAUUCCAGUGGGACAGAGUUAUAUUGAUACGUUUGAGCAUAUGGCGAGGGAGAGGAUUCUGCCGCCGAGUGAGGCGUUGAGAGGGGGUCAGUAGGUAAAUAAGCUGUAUAGGGGUCAGGACAACGGGUACCAAGUCGCG